AUGUCGUGCACAACGCGCUCCUCAGCCAGCAGCAGAGGUGAGUACACGACGCACUCCUUCUUAUUCGCGUUCCACGUGAAGGAGCUCACAUUGGACCCCAAUGUGAGGGCGCAUGCAAGGGUGAAGUGCGCGCGCCUGUUGUGGACGUUGUCGCCUCGUGUUUGUGAGCGCAACCCAUGGUCGUCAAACGGUUUCGGCGAGCUCCCGACGGGCUCCACGCGCAUGUCCGACACCUUGGACAUCGACAGCGUGGUGUCGAAUAAUGUGGACACCGCGUUCGCGCUGUUGCGCUGUCAUCAAAGCGGCGACCACAGCACCAUAGCUCAGAGCGGGACUCUCGCCAUCGACGUUGUGGAUGACAGCACUAACCUGUGCCUGGCCUCUGCAUCUUUAUCUCUGCGUGUGCUUGACGUUACGCCGAGCAUAGUUCUGAAGAACGUAAGGCUGCUGGACAGCCGCGGCCUGCAGGUCGGCGGUUUGGAGUUGUGCUACGUCUCGCAGCAGCGCUGGGUGAAGGUGAACAAACGCAAGCUGUCGUUUCUGAACUCGCAACGCUCAUCGUGCGUGAAGUCCGUGGUGGAGACAUCGGCCAACUACGCAACUUCGGCGUUGGAGGGCAGGAAGGAGUCCACCCCGAACGGCAAUGGCGACUCUGGGUUCCAGGGUCUCAACGAUGGGGCUGAUGAGUUCGUUUUGCUAUUCUGGAACUCUACCAGCUCCUCGUUUGUCAAAGCGCAUCCGAACGACUACCAGCUGCAUUUGAUGCGGAACUUCAUCAGGGCCCCGUUCUGCGGAGGGUCGAGCGUCGAGGACACUAGCAACGAUGACCACAGCUCCGUAGCUGCGUCAGUGAAGGUUGACAGCGUAGGGUUGCCGAACAACCCAGGAUCUGUGGUGUCCAGCGCUAGGUCAGACCGCCGUUCUGACGUGCUGCAGUUCCCGGACCUUCAGUGCGCCAACCCUGCCGCUCCCGGGUUCACCUCUAGUUCCGAGUUCGCCUCCGACUUUGGCGACGACGAAGGCACCUGUCGCUCCGAUAUGUCCCUGUCGUCUGAGCCUGGGUCGGCGCGGUUGUACGACUACCUCUCCCGCCAAGGCCACAUAAUACGAUCGCAACUGACGAGGCAGUUGAGCGUGGACGCGAUGUCGACUUCGUCUUGGACUUCGUGCACGCGCACUGCCCCGAGCUUAUCGAAACAAGUGCCCGAUGUGCGACGCCACGCCCAGGAUCACAGCGCAGCCACACCUUUCAGCAUGACUCCGCCAUCCCGCAGCCUCGCCGACCUCUCGAUGGACAUGCUGUCGGAUAUCAGCAGCGUCGUCAACAGCAUGGAUGACGGUGCCAUGCUCUCCGACUUCGACAUGUCGGUCACCAGCGGUUUCAGAGAGCGCGUGGUGCUACGGCAUGUGGACGCCAGGGCGUCUCCCCAUUGGAACGUUCACCGCGGCCUUGCGGAGCAUUCGCACGGGUUCAAGGCCGGUGAAAUCGGCGCCCGUGCUGCGGGCUCGUAUGCCAACACCGCAGCGGUCUCGUUCGAAAACCCAAUGCGCCAGAAGACCCAAUCCCUUGGGGAAUGCAAAGCCCAAAUGGACAUGGAUGGAUUUGCGAUUCCUGGUUUCGCCCCGGAGAAUAGGGAUGGCUCCAGUGGAGGAGUGUGCUUACAUGCCUCAGUCUCAACAGCCGAUAUGCCAUCCAUCGGGGCGGAUUAUGGCGAUUUGGGGCCGUCGGACUCAAUCAACUGGCGCCCAGAGGAUGCGAUCGACUCGGGAAAUCCGAUUACCCCGUUCCGGGGCGACGGCAGCAGCAACGGCCGCCAAUGCUCCGUUUACUUGCGUGACACGGAGAGCCAUUUUGACAUUGUGGAGGACGCGCACUGCACCGUUGUGAUAGAGGACGCCACGCCGAAGGCAGUGCCCAAUGAAAUGAUCGACGUUGACCGCUUUUACACCGACGACAACUACUUAUUCGGCGCGCUACAUGCGGCAGGGAACGUGGGGUCGGAUUGCAGCUCCACCAUCAACAACUUCUACACGGCUGCCGACGGCGUGGAACUCGGCACCAACGAAUCGUGCAUGGUCCGCGAGCCGACGGUCUCGCCGUGCAAGCCCUUCAAGAACAGCCUCCUGUCGGCCGUGUACAACGCCAUAACGGCCGACCUGAGCUCGCUGUCCGUCUCUGACCUGGGCAUGGACCACGCGGAAUGCAGCCUCGACGUCAUGAGCGAAGCGCUGAGUGACGCUCGCGCCCUGCAGGUCCAGCAGGAGCGCCUCUCCAACGAGCUGCUGAUGAACUUCUUCCUGCAGCUGCUGCACUGCUACAGCCAAAAGGGGCUGGUGCAGGUGAUGCUGAUGGAGGAGGUCGUCCAGAAGCACCUGUCGGCGGCGGAUCUGAUGACCUUCCUGCCUGCGGACUACAACCCCACCGUCAUCAGGGUCGCGUUGGACAUUCUGGUGCGCCAGCUGGGGAUAGCGCUGCCGCCAGGUCGACCCGAUGAAAGCCAGAAAGGCACCGAGUACGUGGAUCCGCCGCCGGCGGCAUCGACGUGGAAGGACCAGGUGCUGCGUAAUGCGUCAAUGCGUGACAGCACGGGUGGCGGGCGGCCAUCGGACGUCUUCUGUCGUUUGUCCGAGUGCGAGACCUACUCCGAUGUGAGCUACGUGGAGGACUCCUUCCAGCCCACCAAGGAGCUGGAGCACCGCCAGCUGGUGAUGAGGCAGUUCCAUGCCGCUCUGCAGGAAAUGCACCAGCAUAUAAUGGCCAUGGACAUGCGCAAGCUGGUCUACAUAUCGAGGCUGCACUCCAAACCCAUCAAAAAGCGGGGCUGCCUAAUGACCCUGCUGGCAAUCAAAAUUGUGCUUUACCGCUUUUUUUGCGGCCGCCGAAAGCUGCCCGUCAACAACUCGCACGUGAUACUCGUGUAA